UUCUGUUUGAAAAUGUUGUCUGGUGCCAGUUUCGCGGUUGAACCGUCUUAACAAUCAGUUCGUCAUGUCGCGUCUCACCGCAUGGAUUGCUGCUUUGCUCAUAUUGAUCGGAUCUGUUUGGUCACAGGUUAGACCUGCCACGGCUUUCGCGUUUCAAGAGCUUGAUUACGAACAGAUUCUCGAGGAAGCAAGAUUUGGCUUUAAUUUCCUCGAACCUUUGCGAAGAUCUUUUUGCCAGAAUUUUUGUACGUCAUUUGAGACGAUGCCGUACAUAGCGAAUCUUGCCUGUGCUGUAAAAUGUCCUGAACUCUAUUUGCCACAUACAACAAAACCAUCUACUGCAACAACUCCGUUACCUAUUACAACUACACAGACUCCAUUGACAGCACCCAUAGUAACAACAACGACGACAUUAGCACCAAUAACGCCGGCAAUGACACCAACAUCAGAGACACCAUCAGAGAUGAUGCCAUCACCAUAACAUAGUAGAGCAGCUUUUAAAAUAUAUUUUGUACGUAAUUGUAUAAGUAGAUUAGUGCAUCGUUAUAAAAAUUUCGUAGUUUUGUUUUAGAAUUCUAUCCUUCUUGACAUAAUUAUGAGUAUUUUAGAUUAUAAAAAUGUAAUAUUUUCUGAAAUACACAACUUAACCGAAAUUUGUGUCAAUAUGGUAAUUUGACGUGAUUUGUUCAAUUUCUACGUUUCCAAAUAAACUGUGCUUUUAUCAGA